UUUGUUAUAAAUAAAAACUAAGAAGAUCUUCUUUCUUCUUUCCUUACUAACUUGUCCGAUUUUCUCAUUAGGCCAUGGCUCCUUCCGCUGCCUCUUCAAACAAUAAAGGUUACUUCCAUCCUAUUUCCCAUGUUGAGAGUUUUUGUUUUCUUUAGUUAUAGUAAUUCAAAAGAGAGAGCAGUAAAUAUAAUUAAUAUAUUUUUGGGGUUAUGCUAUGUAGAAGGAGAAUCUGGUGAGGAAGGAUAUACUGCAUUGGAGAAACAUGUAGCCUUCUUCGACAGGAACGGAGACGGCGUCAUUUAUCCUUGGGAAACCUACCACGGAUUUAGAGCGUUAGGGUUAGGGCGUCUCCCGUCAGCUAUUGCUGGUCUCUUUAUCAACAUGGGACUUAGCAAGAAAACUCGCCCGGGGAAGGGAUUCUCGCUGUUGUUUCCAAUAGAAGUGAAGAAUAGUCGCUUUUGCAUCCAUGGUAGUGUCACUGAAGCAUACGACAAGAACGGAAGAUUUGUGGAAUCGAAAUUCGAGGAGAUAUUCAAGAAGCAUGCUCGCUCACAUCGAAAUGCUCUCACUUACAAGGAACUUCUUCAAUUGCUUAAGUCUAACAGAGACCCUGGAGACUUUGGAGGAUGGAUUGCAGCAUACGGAGAAUGGAAAUUAUUAUAUGAAUUAUGCAAAGAUGAAGAUGGUUUAUUGACGAGAGAGGCAGUAAAAGGCGCCUUCGAUGGCAGCAUUUUCAGAAAAUUGGAGAAAGAACGAUUAUCUUCUUCUCAUAAGAAGAAAGAAAAAAGAAGACGUUAAAUAUUUCCAAAGCCCAUUCAUCCAUCAUCUUCAACGUUACAGAUUAAUAGAUACACUUAUGUGACUAGUGUGUAUCUUAUUCUUAUAUGAAAAUGGUUGGUUGUUGUAAUGCAUUCUUUACAUAAACAUAUAUGAUAUUUUUGUGUAAUAUUCCGAUUAACAUUUAACACCAUUAGAAAAUAUAGUUAUGACAUGCAUAUUCAUAUUCAGACA